AUGCCGCUCCUGCUCCGACGCCUCGCCGGCGCCCUCUCCGCGCCCCUCCGACGCUCCCUCUGCACGGCCGCCUCGCGCCCUCCCUGGGCCAUGGUCUACAGCUGGGCGGCGCUGGACGCGUCGGCGGCGCCGUCGCCGGCCGGGCGCGCGACCUUCGACCUCGACGCGGCCCCGUACAUCUCCCAAAUCUCCGUCCCCGCCCACCUCGCCGACGGCAUGGACUUCGCCGCCGCAAGCGUCCGCGCCACCAGCUCCGACGGCCUCCUCCUCCUCGACCUAGCAGAGGCCCGCCACGGCCCUCUCCCCCCUCCCCACGUCCCCGACUUCGUGGACGUGGACACCGAAACGCUACACCAAAUGGCCGCGGCUGGCGCCGCCGCCGAGCUGGACGUCACGCGCUUCGUCUGCAACCCUCUCAGCGGCCAGCUGUUCCGCCUCCCGGUGGCCCCGGACCUGGGUGCCGCCAAGGCAAGUACGGCUUUCGGCUUGCUCACCCAGCCCGACGGCGCCCACGGCCCGCCCGAUCGAUUCGUGGUCGCUCAGCUCUGCUUCCGGGCAAGGGACAACCGCCCAGUCGUGCGUCGGUUCCUGUCCGAAACAGGGGAGUGGGACGACCAGCUGCCAAUGCCCUGUGUCGUGCCGCCCAGGAUGCCCUCUUGCUCUUGGCAGCAGUUUCAGAUGCACACAAGCCACGACGUGCUGGCGUUCGGCGACCGGCUGUGGUGGUUCGACGCCGCCUGGGGCGCCGUCUCCGUGGAUCCCUUCAGCGACCGGCCCGACAUUCGAUUCCUCGAGCUGCCACAGGGCAGCCUGCGGUUGGACAUUGAGAUGAAGGAUAAAAUGCUGCUGACCAAGCGCCGGAUCAUGGGCGUCAGCGAGGGGAAGCUGCGGUAUAUCGAAACGUCCACCGAGAAGGAGCCGUUCAUGAUCAGGUCGUUUGCACUCGACGACGAGGGGCGCUGCUGGAAGCUCACGCGUGAGUCAACGAUUACCAUGGUCUUGCCCAACAAAGCCAAACCACACGCAGGCCACCUGCCAUUGCCAUGGAUUGCUGCCAUCGAUCCCUUCGACGCCAACGUUCUGUAUUUCAACCUUGUUCACACUGUUUUUGCUAUGGACAUGGCUAAGAAGAAGGCGAUCGGAAGCAGACCUUGUCCAGAAAGGCUCACAGCUCUAGGAAAGUGCCACAGCUCUGCUUUCUAUCUGCCGUGCGUGCUCCCAACAUGCCUUGAAUCAUGCUACAUUCCUUCUGCAGGAUCCCUUUCAAGCAAGAAGACCAACCGCGUAAGGAAGACGUUGGCUGACAUACUGGUUCGUGCUGACAGAGACUAGAAAAGUUGAAGCGCUCGGCUAACUUGUCUGUGG